AUGGAAUGGAUGACGGUUUUUUGGCAAAGAUCCCUUUCAAUCUAAGAAUAGGUGUCACACGUUGAUAUAUGGACGAUGACUCAUUCUUCUCCAACUUUAACGUUGAGCAGAGCGAAUAUCCAGGAAAAGCGGCAGCGUAUGGAGAUAUACUUUGAUAGGGAGACACAUCUGAAUCUCUACGGUCUGCAGUGCUUCCGUCACUUGUCGCCAAUAUACCGCUAUCGAGCGAAUUCGCCGAUUUUUGCGGAUAAACAGGUUCUUCUUGCUUUGAUGUUGUAUUGCAAACACCAGUGACACUUAUUACGAGCCCUGACAGCUGCUUGGCAAUGCUAGUGCUAACAGAGAUGUCCUCAACUGCAGAUUGCUGUAUUUGGUAGUAGAGAGGACUCCUAGCUUCGUACACCAACUCGUCAUCAAUCACGGAAGAUGCAAUCGGAACUCGUGGUUUACUGUGAUCCCGUUUAGGCGAGGUAG